AUGGAAGCUCAGGUGCUGUACGCAGAGGAAGUCAAAGCCAUUAGCGAGGACGUGGAAGUCGCGAUCAUCCACGCAGCAGACCACGUGAAAGAAGUUCUGGCCGUGAUUGACUCGGGGAUUCGAGAAGCUAAAGUGGUGCUUACAAACAACGAACUAUUACUGGCGUCUGACGCUGACAAGAUCCUUGGAAUGUGGAGCGAGUUGGACGCUGUUUGUCAGCACCGAACCGAUGAGAUUGAGCAAUUCGCUGCUGGACUGGAAGAAAUCGAGCAAGCUCGCAUCAGGCGAAUACGUGGGAGACUGCAGCGAUUGACUUAUGUGCUGAUGGAAACCGCACAUGCCUUGCCGCCUGAAGUGGAGCGCAUCAUCGAAGCGGAGGCGUACGAAGUCAACACAGUAGUGAUCUCUAAUCGCAGAGUGUUUGCAGAUCUGGUGGCCAGGUUGGAGACUGCCAAUGUCGAUAUCUUCUUGGACGCCAGACUCGCCUGGGAACGGGGCCAGACCCGUUGGCGUCACCUACGACACGAUGAGGCGAUUGCCUCGUUCCAAGCCACACUCCACUCUCCGCUGUUUACAGACCCAGAGGAGCGACGGCUUGUGCUUGAGCAGAUUCGAGUUUUCCAAGAGAAACUUCACAUUGAGCAGCGUCUUGCGGUUCUGCAGCAGUUGAAGGAGGCAGGAGCUUCUCUGACUUCGGACCAAGUGACGCGGAUUCUUGAGGAGCUGAGCUGUACGCAGCAAAUUGAAGAAGAAAAUAAUCAGUUUUUCUUGUCAGAGUUGAAGCAACUUGAUGAAUCCAAAGGAGACGCUGCGAAGGCUUUGAGAGAGGCGCUUCGUUUGGAACUGCAUGGCUUUGGAUCGAUGGCCAAGGAAGGGGCGAUUCAAGAGGCCAAGGCAGCUCUAGUGAUGCUGCUAAGUGACGACUCGAUGGAAGACUUAUUUCGUGCCGCUGGGGGCUUGAAGACUGAGCUUGACACUCUUGCGAAGCAGCUCAACACGGCUGAUCUCAUUUACAACACAAACCUGGAGCCAGUGGUGAGCUCAGUGGGGGUCCUCUUGAGUGCGUUGCCGCUGACGAAUGUGAUGGAAAAGCAGGGCAAGGAGGCGGGGCGGAAGGCGGUGCAGUCAACUUUGGAGAAAGUCCGAAAAGCCACCAAAGGCGAGAUCAUGUCGCUGUUACCGAGUCUGCAGUCUCAAAUCUCCAUGCUGACAAACUUGGAGGGCAUGGGCGACAAAUUUCAAGCUGAACUUGGUGACAUAUCAGUCCAGUUAAACACAAUUCUCCGCGAGAAUGGCUCCGUUCAAGGCACUGGCGCAUCAAUUCCAGCUCCAAUUAGUAUGAAUCCGACAAGUAGUGUUCCCCAAUGCAGUGGUAACGCUGUUGAUCUCCAGGCUAUUCGGAAGAUGCAACGCCGCCUUGGUAUGCUUUUGUACGCGUCCGAACUAGACGUACCUUGGCAGGAGCAUCUUCAUUUCAUCGCAGAGCAACUCGAGUUGCAGACAAAUGCUAAUCGUAUCGUGGAUGAAAUCAUCUCGAGGGAAUGUGAUCCUCAAAUUGACACGCGACAACAAAAGGGUCGAAUACUAGUGGAUGAAAUGGGGAAGCGAAUGGAGCAGCAGAGCGCACAGCUGUAUGAUCAUGUUGAGAAGCUGGCGAAGUUCUUCCUCCGAGUGGUCCGUUGCCUCGAGGAAAGCGUCGACAAGGUUCAGUACGUCAACUUGAGUGUGAUGGAUCUCCUUGAUACGCUCGAUGAAGACACUCUGGCCGAUCUCGAGACCAAGUUCACGCAGAGCUGCACACGUCUCCGACACUCGCCGACUACCAAUGUUUUACGUGAGGAAUUCCAGCGUUCAUCGGAUCUCUUGCUGCUCAUUGAAGGUGAGUACCGGACGUAUGACAAACGAGUGUCUCUUGCUGCAGGUAACAAUGUCGCAGCAAUCGCUACACAGCGUCUGCUGUAUCUGGAGCGUCUCUGCGACUUGUUUGGGCUAAAGCAGCUGCAUCAGACCAAGAGUGAUGAGGUGCUUAACGUAGACCACUUCCUCAGUGCGCAGCAUAUUGAGGAGAUGCUUAAGCCAAUUUCUCAAGAGAAGGGCAAGCAGGAAACUUUUCGAACAGCAUCGGGCUUGGAGUUGGUUGUAGUUCUCUCUCUUGCUAAUCUAGCUCACAAUAUAUUGGCUCAACCUUUGGAGCCAAGCGUACUGGAGAAAGUUCAAGCGGAGUUUUUGGUCCUAAAUGUCCCCAGCGACACUGUCGAGAGUCUGCUAGCCUCUUUUCGAGACGCUAUUCUAUCCAAGUAUCACACGGAUGCUGCAAAAAAUGACACGCAGACGAAAGAAACUCGCGAUGACCGCCAGGCAAGCUUUUCAAUGCUCCUCAAGGAGAGACUGCGCGUCCACUGGCCACGGAAUGGAAGACUGGAUGUACAGCUCUACCAGCCUCGAGUCGGUGAACUUCUGAAUCACCAGCAACGACAAGAGCGACUUUUGCGUGGAGUCUGGCUAAAGAUGGAUGAACAGCAAGUUGCGUUUGCAACGAAAGUGGAGGAGGCUCUUGUACACAUCGAGCAGACCAGGAUGGCGCAGAUUGGCUUUCAGGCUCAGCUGCCACUUCAGCAAAGCCUGGCAGCUCUCCAGGGUCUGGAAGUGAAAGCUAAGAAGCGCCUGGGUGUAUUUAAAGGCGAGGCAAUGGAGAUAUUAGCAGUUCUUCGAGCCAUGACAGCUAGUGACAUCGACAGUUUGUUAUCGUCCUGCCAAGAUUACGUACGUGCUUGUUCGUCUCAACUUUUUCCCGAUUUGAUGAGCUCCGAGAUUAUAAGUGGGUGUGAUUAUCACCCCGGGGAGAUCACUGCCAUCAGAGAAAAACUCGCUACGAUCGAAGCUCAAGCCCGUGAUCAGAUAUCCGAGAGAGAGAAGCAAAUUGAUGAGAUUAGUAGCAAACAGAGCCAGAACAUGGACAUAUGGGAAACGUUCAAAGCAAGGUCUCAGACGUGUAUGCAGAGCUUAGCGAUGAAAGAGGGGCUUGGACAGAAAUUCGGGCUUCCUAGGCGAACAGAUCAAGAACGAUAUCGAUCUGAAAUGACGAGGUGUGAGGCACGUUCUGCUACGAUCAACACGCUCUUGGCUUCACUUGACUCGUUACUUCGUGCGAAGAUAUACCAUCGAGGAAUGUACUUUGGAUUCCUUCGAAAUCCGAGUCAGCUUGAACUCAAGCCGGCAGAGUUUGAUCCCGCAACAGGGAGGCAAGACGAAGUGAUACGUGAUCACGAAGUAGUAGACGAAGAAGAUCGGAUAUUAGCGGUUCCUUUCCUAGAGUUUGCCGAUCAAGUCAGCGCUAAAUGCCAAGAAGAGACGAAGGCGUUGUACGAGCAAGAAGGAAAAAACGAGGAGCUCCCGCCGGUGUACCUCCCCGCCGCUUUGGAGGAGUAUCUGUCCAGUCAGAUGGAGAAAGCUCGAUCAUUCGUAUUGCAACAAGAAGUGUCAUAUCGAGAGCAAGCAAAGCAAGAAAUACGGCGCAAGAUUUCCGAUAUUUUCUUUGCGUUCGAGCCUCUCUACCAGUCGUGGAUGGACCUCAAAACCCACCACACCUUAGAGCUGCGACCGCACCUCUGCAGCCCCAACAACGGUCAUCUUUUGCAAGAACUGGAAAAACGUGAAAAAGUACGCUCGACAUCAACCCAAAGUGCAUUGGACGACAUUCGAAGUCUGUUCUUGGCGGAUCACAUUCAGAUCUCGUUGUCGUUCGAAGCAAGACUGAUUAGACUAAGUCACUGUCUAAUGCUGUUCUUAGACUCGUCAGUAUUGUCAUUGGACGACGUGAAGCCAUUUUCAGGCGAGAAACUGCUCAAGCGAAAAUCACUGAAGCGGCUGCGUAAAGUGGCUCGAGUAAAAGAAUUCGGCUAUUCUCACGAAGUGAAAAGAACUGCUGCUGAGCUGCAGAUAUUGACUCAAAGCGGUGAAGUUCCUCGUUUUCCGUUGCGAUCAUGGGCUGGUAUCCCUUUUUUUGGAUUGCAGUCGCUUUGGGAGGAGGUAAAGGCGGAUAUUCAGGCAAAGGAUUUAGCAAGGCAGUGCUAUGGAUCUGAUGUGCAGACAGACUUCUCCAUCCAAAAUUUGACCUGUGUACCUCUGGCAUCCAAUGACGGUGCGUGUGUUGCUCUUCUCACGCCCGCACAUCGGGCACUCAUUCAAGCACGAGACACUUCCUAUGCCGAUUACAUUACUUUCUGUCGCGAGGAAAUAAGGCGGUGUCUAGACAAUUUGCACGAACGGAUGGACGAUGAAGUCAAGUGGACACGCGGCUGGGAAAAAGGGAUUUUAAGGAUGAGGCAGUCCACGUCCCAGCUAGCAUAG